CAUAAAGGUAGGAACGUACUUGAUUUCAUUCAAUCUGCAUUGUUUAAUGUUCAAAUGAAAAACGCCACUGGUCAAGGUAUAUUCCAAAUGAUGUUAAUGAACUAAGUUUUAUUAAUUUUGAUAUAAAUUACAAUUUUUUACAAAAAUUAGAAUACAGAAAUCUACCCGACUAAUGGGUAAUUAGUUUUAAUGCUAUUAAGAUUUUAUGAGUGGGUGGAAAAUCUCUUUUCUCUUCGACUGACUGUUGUUGGUGUUCCUGAGAGUACGAACAGAUAUGCUGUAUCAGUCCCUCUUGUUGAAUACACAAGUGUAUAUGUAAGAUUUCAAACUGGAAAGUAUUUGAAGAUUUUGAAGUGUGUUUUGUGUACACAUGCAGUGUUUGAAGUGGGUUUUGUGUACACAUGCAGUGUUUGAACUGUUUUGUGUACACAUGCAGUGUGUGAAGUGUGUUUUGUGUACACAUGCAGUGUUCGACCUCACGUUAUCACGGUUAUUGCCGAUAAAUGCAUAUUCUCCUGCUAUUUUGUUGAACUGCAUAUUUUCCUGCUUUUUUAUUGAACUGCAUAUUUUCCUGCUUUUUUAUUGAACUGCAUAUUUUCCUGCCUUUUUAUUGAAUUAUUUUCACUGUGUGAUAUCAACUCUUUCUAUUUGGAUUAUAUAUAUAUACAUACAAAAGUACUGCCAAACUAAGGCUCCUGGCUCAGACUGCAGACUUCAAGGUCUGUGGAAUGUGUGACGUCACAGAAAUGUUAGGUAUUUUUAGCUCAGAGUGCAAGGACUUGGAAAGGAAUGCGGAUUAUUUAAAUAUCGCGUAUAGGUAUAAAUAUGAGCGCCAACAUCAAAGCACUUUAAACGUUAGACAUUGACAUAUGGUCAUUGCAGAAACUAUAUUUGACUCAGACCUUUAAAUUUCAUUUAUCUAUAUACCAUGCCUGGAACUGGCAACAACGCUCGUCGCUAUGUAUUGCAGUGUAUCAAGGAACGCAAAGAAAGAGAUGCUGCGGGAUUUCAAUUCAUCAAAGACUUUCUGAUAUCUGGAGUAUUUCCAAUUACCUUUGAAGAAUAUCCAGAGCAUUGCAAGUAUAUAUUCGAGAACAUUCGCACUUCCGAGGGGAUGAUUCUCAUUCAUAUCACAGGACAAGAACUGAAAAAACGAGUACCGAAAAAGACCUCAGAAAUCCAGAGAAUCAUAGAUCACUGGCUUGAGGAGGUGUAUAAAAGACUAACAGUUUAAUUUACGGAAAUAUCAUUGUAAGAAAACAUGUCUAAUAACUGUGUUCACUUCACAGAUAAACUGUGUGAAGUGUACUAUGUAGACAAUUGUUGAAGAAUAGGACCAUGGGAAGAAUGUGCUAGAGAUAGAGUUAGAUUUAGAAGACGUAUUUUAGAAAUAGAAACUGUUAUAAAGCCUAUUUUAAAUCAAGAACAUAGGAAAAAAGUAUUGAAGUCUAUGCAACAAUUGGAAUGUUGAAAAUGUACUAGAAUUAGCGAUGUAUGUAUUUAAGGAAUGGGAAGUCUGAAAUAUUUCACUAAAUCACGUGAGAGAGAAUGGAAUGUGAGAAGGACUAUAAAUGCAUGCAAGAAAUCAUCUUCUCUAUCAUUCACAUUAAAUUUUAUCACAUUGCAAAUGGAAGACGUACAUCGUGAAAUUUUGAGAAGAAAUCAUUCGAUGUUGGUGAAGGAGAUGUCUCCCGAGUUAAUAGCGGACAAGUUAUAUAGUGACUGUAUUUUAACUCUAGAGAUGAAAGAAGUUGUGUUAGCACAACUCACUCGAUUUGCCAAGACUAAGAAGAUCUUAGAGUAUCUACCAAAACGAGGGAAGAAGGCUUUUCAUUCAUUCUGUCGUGCAUUGGAAGAAACAGGUCAAUCUGAACUCGCUAGCCCAUUGCGACAAGACGAUUUCAGCAAUGCAAGAGAACCUACCAACAAUCCAACGAGUUCCAACCCUGCGAAUAACAAGAAGACUUCCAAGAAGUACACACAAUUAUGCCAGCUUCAUUUAGGAGGUGAAAUCUAUGUCACAGGCAGCCUAUGCGAGAUUGACAACGUUGUACAAAUUCACAUUCGUCAGUAUGGUUGGGAAAAUCAGAAACUCUUUCCUACCAAGAAAGGUGUUACACUGUCCUUGACAGAAUGGUUAGCGCUAGAAGGCUUUCUAAACGGUAUGGAAGAAGCUUUGAAGAAGUAUUUCGAACGGGAUUUCGAAGAGAUGUGGUACCUAGGCAGUAAUAUUUAUAUAACUGCUUCUAAAGAAUUUCCACUCGAGGAUCUCCGCCAUUACUGGAAACCAGACCCUAAUGGAUAUUUCGUACCUACUACAAGAGGUGUGAAACUCAACCGAGCAAAGCUACAAAAUCUGAAAGACAUGACGUCGAUCAUCAGGAAUUACAUACCCGUCCUUCCUGCCGGUAUCGACCUCCAGUCUUUAGAAGGACUUCUUAGCAUUCCAGAUGUAAAUUGCUGAAAUUGCUAAAAUAUUUCAGAAAGAGUAUAGAUAACCGAACAGUUGUAAAAACCAAAUCAUUCGCCUAUUGCUAGCACAGAGCAAUUCACCAUGGAACGAAUGAGUGAGAAACAUUGCAGACAGAUGAUACGGAGUUAUAAUAUGAUUUUUGCUGUGGAAAUUGUCGAUUUAUUAUUGAGUGAUAUAGUAUAUGAACAGUGUUAUGGAUGUUCUGUCGAGCAUCCAAGCCAAGUGCAUCAUCCAUGCAUCAUGGAGACUCCUUUAACCCACCCAUGGAUGUAUUUCGAGUUGACAGUAGGAAAAGUCAAUAAAGAAAUCGUUAUGAAGAAGUGGUUGAAGGAAAUCGCUUCCUUAAACAUACCCAAUUGAAUGAAAGUUAACAGCGAUGUCUCUAAAUGGACAGAAAGACAUAUACCUGAUACGGAAUCCUGGAGAGAAGAAAUUACCAAAAUUUGCGAGACGAUGGUGAAGUUUAAAUCGCGGUAGUCGGGAUGGGAUGCUUUUGUAUGAACGUGUUCAAAGUACAUGAUUUGUACAUAUCUUAUAAAUAUUCAAAGAUAACAGUUAUGUCCUUAAAGUGAAUUUGACUGUCUUGGUGAAUAAACUGUGAAAAUGACUUCAACUGAUGGUAAAUAUAGCUAUGUAUGCAUUUGUACUUUAUUGUAAUAAAAAAAAAAAUCACUUUCAAAUUUAUUUUAUUUCACACCUUUCCAGGUAUUGAUAUAAGUAAUGCAAUUGACAAAUUGUUACAGAAAGAGUAUUAUAAUCUAAAGUCGUCAGGUUCUUACUUUGGACCAUCAAAACUACACGAAUCUUUGAAGGCUCGCGGAAUUAAUAUUGGAAGACAUAAAAUACGAAAAUGGUUGAAUAAUCAAGACGAUUACAGUUUGCAAAAACAAGCUCGACGCCCUGUCAAAAGAGCAAGAGUUGUUGUAUCGGGUAUUGACAAUCAGUGGGAUUCUGAUCUGGCGGAUAUGUCUUCCUUGUCAACAUUUCAUAAGGGUAUUAAGUUUUUACUGGUUGUGAUCGACAUUUUUUCACGAUUUGUAUGGGUUCAACCUUUAAAAAAUAAAACUGGUAAAAAAGUGGUAGAAGGGUUUAAACAGAUUUUACAAAAGGGUCGCAAAUGUAAAUUACUCAGGACGGACAAAGGUUGUGAAUUUACAAAUCGUUUGUUGCAAGAAUAUUUAAAAUCUCAAGAUAUAUACUUUUUCACAACACGAAACUCGGAUACCAAAGCCAAUUAUUCUGAACGCGUUAUACAGACUUUGAAGUCUAGAAUAUAUAGAUACUUUACAAAAAAUAGAAUAAAACGAUCUGUAGACGUUUCACCAGAUAUAGUGCGGAGUUAUAAUGAAACCCCACAUAUAUCUUUAAAUAAUAAUAUGUUGACGGUGCUACCGUUUGGGCGAACGCAACUUCAUGUAUAUAUAUUUUGUAAUGUUCAUGCUUUGAUCAGGUUCAAUUUAAACAAUAUCUAUUUGCCAAAUACUCAUUACAUGAAUUUUCUCCCAAGGUUUUAUAUUAAAAAUCAUUAAAACAUGAAUACAUGAAUCUAAUUGAAAUAUUUUUAUGCUAUACAUGUAUAUACAUUUUAUUUCUGCUGCCUUCACUGUGUCUGGCUUAACCUUUGAUGCAUGACCUGUUCUGCUGUAUGCUCUCAGCCUCUACUUUCCUUUUUUUUUCUACUCUCAAUCUUUUUAAGUUACUAAUUGCAUGAUAAAAAUGCCCAAACCUUUCAAGUUUGUAAAACUAUGUUUAGGCCUAAACAGCACUGCCUUUAAACACAAAACGCAUUUCAA